UUGGAGCAGCAGCUGAGCGGCCUGGAACAGCAGCACCUGCAGCGGCUGACGCAGAUCAAACAGGGCAGGGAACUGCCAUUUGACGUGGAUCAGAUGCGAACGCGCUACACCCAGCUGGAGAAGACCAUGGAGUCGAAGGAGCGCAGCUACAAACAGCGCAUCGCCGGGCUGGAGCAGCAGAUCAAGACCCUGAAGGAGCAGCUGGCGCAGGAGAUCCGCAAGCGCCAGGAGUACAUGCUGCGCAGCUCGCGCGCCGGCGAGGAGAUCCGCGAGAUUCGCUCCACGCUGGACGACAGCCUGCGAGCCGUCGGCGGAAACGAAGAGCUGGACGCCGGCGCGCUGGACUUUGAGUCGCGCCGCCUGGACGCGCUGGUGGACCGGCACCGGCUGGCGCCGCGUCGCCGCCUGUCUGCCCUCUUGGAGACGGAGCGGUGA